AUGGCUUCCGAGGCACAGGCACACAACGAUGGCAAAGCGCAAGGCUCGCGGGCACAACAUCGUCGGAACGCGAGGUCGGGACAGGGCAUCAUUGAAGCCAAUCGCAAGACCGCAAUCUGCAAGCAUUGGCUCCAGGGGGUGUGCCCAUUUGGUGCCAGGUGCGCUUUUGCACACGGUGCGAAGGAGCUGAGGAAUGCGACCGCGAAACCCUCUCCUCCUCCGGAGACGGUCAAGGCGAAACAUCUCCAAAGUUCGGCUUCUAGAGAUGCGACGACAUCCUGCUCUGAGCCGAGGUGCACGGUUCACCCCGGUGCGUUCAGCGAUGGCGAGUCAUGGCUGCUGGAGGCCAAGUCUCCGGUGACGGAUCAAGGCUCCCGUGACGAGGACGGUCAUGGUCACCGUGGCGUGUGGCUCGAGACCCGCGGGCACUCUGCCGGCGGCAACAACCCUUACCUGCGGGGCACGCUGCGCGAGAACGAGAGCUGGGCCAAGAUCGCCCAAGGGACGCCCAUCCACGGACGCGAAAAUGAUUGUGCCCGCGCAUCGAACGUCACCGCCGCCACCACCACUACCACCGCCCCGUCCUACUUUUAUGGCGACGAGCACUGCCGCAACGCGUUUCGGGAGACCAAGGCGCACGCUGCCGGUCCUGCGCCGUGCUCUUCGGGAGUGGUCUGCCGCUGCCGCACUCGAUCCAACCGGGACACCCCUCGCGCCGUCGGUUGUGCCGCCUCGUUCGACCCUGAGCCAACGUUUGCCACCACCGGCCUGGCCUUCAGUCCCCGCGGAUGCAGCAGCAGCCCCGCCCCCCUCAACCUGGGACCCCCCUCUGCACCGCAGCGCAGUUCCACCGCAGCGCCUGCAGCAGCACACCGUUGGAACCCGGUCACCUACAACGGUUCUGCGUUGUUAGGCUCGUUCGCUUCGUCCUUGCAAGAGAACGCGGAAGCGCGCAAGCCCAGCCCUUCCCCGGCACCGAUCCCUCGCCACGAGAUGGACGACCUCCUUGGCAGGAUGAUGUCGGUGCUGUCGCUGGACGUCUCCCGCUCGAACGAUGAUGAUGCCAGCCGCGACGUUGGUCCGAGCGUGCCGCAGUCUUGGUAUGAUCCCGUCCUGCUGCGGCCGGUCGGGGAGAAGGAGCCGGCACGCUUGAAGACGGCGCAGCAACAGGGUGGCCCAUCGGGGGACUCUUCACGCCCCGACCAAUCGUAUCGCAGCGACAGCCUCGGCAAGAGCGUAGCGCCGGACAGGGACAGCUUGGGCACGUUUACUACCUCCGCAGACGCCUUCAGCAUUCCGAGCAUCGGUUCGAUUCUGGAAGAGAAGUGGCCGACCGUUCUCCCCGCUGGGCGAGGUCUGAAGCCUUCUUCCUCCAUGGCCAUGGCUCCCUCCACGCGCGUCCACAACGACGUCCUGACGAACCCCGGUGGAAGUUUCUCGCACUCCCUAUGGUCUUGUACGGCGGUUCGCAUGAGGUGGUUACUAGCCGAUUCCUCCCGGCGGAGUGGAUAG